GGGCUCAACAAGCCUGAAAGUACAGAACAGAGACAAAAUGGCCUUAAAAUGGUGGACCAAGCAAUAUGGUCCAAAAAGAUGUCAAAUGGUGCAAGGCGUAUACCAGUGUCACCUGAUCAGGCCAGGUCGUACAACAGACAGAUGCGGCCAGCUAUUUUAGAUCACAGCUCUGGGGCCAAGUGGACAAACACAUCAAAUCAUCCUGAAUUUCUGGUAGGAGAAGAGGCACUGUAUGUUAAUCCACUAGAUUCUUAUAAUAUCCAUUGGCCUAUUAGAAGAGGGCAGUUGAAUCUCCAUACAGGACCUGGUGGCUCCCUCACUGCAGUAUUAGCAGAUCUUGAAGUCAUAUGGUCACAUGCAAUACAAAAAUACCUGGAAAUACCACUGAAAGACCUAAAGUACUACAGAUGCAUUUUACUUAUUCCAGACAUCUAUAAUAAACAACAUGUGAAAGAACUGGUAAACAUGAUUCUAAUGAAGAUGGGCUUCUCAGGAAUAAUUGUACACCAGGAGUCUGUCUGUGCUACGUUUGGAAGUGGUUUAAGCAGCGCCUGUAUAGUAGAUGUGGGGGACCAGAAGACAAGUGUUUGCUGCGUAGAAGAUGGUGUUUCCCAUCGCAACACCAGGCUCUGCCUUGCAUAUGGAGGAUCUGACGUGUCAAGGUGCUUUUAUUGGCUUAUGCAGCGAGCAGGAUUCCCAUAUAGAGACUGUCAGUUAACUAAUAAGUUGGAUUGUCUGCUGCUUCAGCACUUAAAGGAGACAUUUUGUCAUCUAGACCAGGAUAUUUCUGGAUUGCAAGAUCAUGAGUUCCAGAUUCGUCAUCCAGAUUCUCCAGCAUUGUUAUACCAGUUCCGAUUAGGAGAUGAAAAAUUACAGGCUCCGAUGGCUCUGUUCUAUCCAGCAACUUUUGGAAUUGUUGGACAAAAAAUGACAACUUUGCAACACAGGUCACAAGGUGACCCUGAGGAUCCUCAUGAUGAACAUUAUCUGCUAGCGACACAAAGUAAGCAGGAGCAGUCUGCAAAAGCUACAGCUGAUAGAAAAUCUGUGUCAAAGCCUGGUGCAUUUGAGGGAGACUUGAGAGGCCAAGCCUCAGACAUUUCAGAGAGGAUGUACCCACAAGAAGUGGAACUUGGUUCUUCCCAGAGUGAAUGUAUGAUAUCUGGAAAUGACUCGGAGGAACCUUUAACUGCACACGUGUCCAGGAAAACAGCUAUUUCUCAGUUUGAAGGCAAAGCUUUAGGCCUUGACAAAGCCAUUCUUCAUAGUAUUGACUGCUGUGCAUCUGAUGAUACGAAAAGGAAGAUGUACAGUUCCAUAUUAGUAGUGGGAGGAGGCCUUAUGUUUCAUAAAGCUCAAGAGUUUCUUCAACACCGAAUUCUCAACAAAAUGCCACCUUCUUUUAGAAGAGUUGUUGAAAAUGUUGAAGUUAUCACAAGACCUAAGGAUAUGGAUCCCCGCCUAAUUGCCUGGAAAGGAGGUGCAGUUCUAGCCUGCCUUGAUACAACUCAGGAGCUCUGGAUAUAUCAGCGGGAGUGGCAGCGUUUUGGUGUCAGGAUGUUACGAGAGCGCGCUGCAUUUGUAUGGUAACGGAUAUGUUUACUGUGGAACAUGACUGAGGAUUCCUUCCCUGAAAUGCC